CGCACCACUUGGCCGAUAGCGAGCGUGGUAGCUAAGGUCAUUGGUCGCGCAAUAUAGGGCUGUUAGCUGGCUAAAGUAUCUACGCACAUUACCGGGAAGCGGUGUCGGUAGUGGUUCGUACUCGGCACGAAGAGGGAAACGAUCAACGUGCGAGUGUUCGCGUUAGAUGUGUAGCUUAAAAACGUAACGUUAGUUAAGCUGAAGUGUCAGUCAACUCGAUAACCGGCAACUCUGUUAGCUGGUUAGCAUAUCUAUCUAGUUAUGUACGUGGUCUGAGGAAAUCAUAAAACACGUUUCUAAUUGUAGAAAGACAGAGGUUAAGUUUUACCAUUAACCUAUUUUACUUGAAUGCAAGCUAACUAAGGUUACGUUUGUUGUUGACUGGGCUAGUCAAACUGUUAGAGAAGUCCGGUUAUCUUGUGAGUAAUUUGCUAGUUGAGGUGAUUAACGUCAUCACUGUCAAAGCUAGCUAGGACCCUUCAAGUCAAAAUGAAAAGUCUUCCUUAUUUUUGCCGAGGAGAAGUGGUUCGUGGAUUUGGGAGAGGGAGCAAAGAGUUGGGUAUCCCCACAGCUAACUUCCCAACGUGCGUAGUGGAGCAGCUUCCUGCUGACAUCAGCACAGGUAUCUACUACGGCUGGGCCUGCGUGGACAAUGGUCCUGUUCACAAGAUGGUCAUGAGCAUUGGCUGGAACCCAUACUACAAAAACACUAUGAAAUCUAUGGAGACGCACGUGAUCCACACCUUCAAAGAGGAUUUCUAUGGGCAGACCUUGAGCGUGGUGAUGAUUGGCUACAUCAGACCGGAGAAAGGCUUCGACUCUUUAGUAUUGGAUGCUUUGAUCACAGCCAUCCGCAAUGACAUCGAAGAAGCCAAUCAGAAGCUGGAACUUCCUGAGCAUCAGAAGCUGAAGGAGGACAACUUCUUUAAGGACCCUCUUGACACGCCAGUGGACAAAACCUCAACGUCUACGGCAGCAUCGACGUUAUCAACAGAAUCAAAGCAUAUCAUGAAUGGCCACUAAUUGUGUGUGUGUGUGUGUGUGUGUGAGCAAGUCACCUCUCCUCUGCUGGUA